UUUCAAGAUGAAAGCAAAUUUCGAUGCAAUGGAAAAUAUGAAUAAUCUUUCAACUUCAGAGUCUGGACCAAACAAAGAAGCUCUCAAAUAUUCAAAAAUGCGGGGUAAAAUCCGUCAUGAGAUGAAGAAAGUGUUCAAAAUCCCUGAACAAGCCUUUGCUGAUCUUGAUUUUGAAGGAAAAGGCUAUCUAAUUGAAAAGGACUUCUUCCACACAAUACUUAAUUAUAAGCUACCUUACACUCAAGAGCAGAUUAAAGAAUUCCUAGACUAUGAGAAGCUCUUUGUGAGAAGUCCUAAAGGUCAAAUGAACUUUGAAGGUUUCAAGAAAGCUUUCUUCCCCAAAAGAUUCGCAGGCUCUAAUGACGAUGCCCAUGAAGAAGAGUUCAAACUUGAAAAAUAACCUCGAUGAAAAUAGUAAAUCGGAGAUUCUUGUUCAGAGACUUCUCAAACUUGAGGAGUUUAUCAAAGAGAAAUUCUCUAGUAAUUUUGUAUCAAUCCGGAAGGCUUUUUUGUCUCUCGAUACAGAUUAUGAUGGAUGUAUCACUGCAGAAGAUAUCGCUAGACAGUUCGGAAAGGUAGCUCUCAAACUUGACUUCAGAGAUCUCCGCACCCUUAUGAAAAAUAGAGACUCUAAAAGAGAAGGCAGGAUUAACUUCCAAGAUUUCUGCAAGUGGAUGGGUGGUGCAAUAGAGCCAACUGAAACUUUCUAUUUUAGACAUGAUUCUUUAAGGAAUCCUCAAUAUGAAGAAAAUUUACAUAAGCAGUCGAAGAAGAUUCCAAGUAGAAAGAUAGUCUCCGAUACCAUUAUGAAUAGCAAUUUGAUGAAAAGAUUCUUUAUGAAAAUUCAAACUCAGUGGAAGACACUCAAGAAAGCAUUCUCUGAUCUAAACAGCUCUAAAAAUGGAUGGAUUCAGAGGGAUGACCUUAACAGAUACCUCACCAACUGGGGGCUAGACCUCACUGAGAACCAGUUUGAAGACCUAUAUAGCUUCCUAGAUCAUGACAAGGACGGAAGGAUCACUUAUGAAGAUUUCAAAAAGAGUGUUGGAUCGGUAAUCUCUCCAGUGGAAUUCCUCUACUUUAGACAAGACAUCGCUCCUCAAAGACUUGUAACUUGUCAACACGAAAACUGCUGGGAUGAGACUAAAGGUACUGGAAAGUACUGCUCUUUACAUAAAUAAGAUCAUUAAGGAUAAAUCUUUAAUGCUUCUGGAUAAAUUUCAGAAAACAGUUAAGCCAAAAGUCUGGACCCAGUUCCUUAAAGACCUUCUAAACAGCUGCAUUGAGAAGACAGUUAUUCCAAAAGACAAACUUAUUUUUAUACUUGAUAGAUAUGGUUUUAUCCUUAAUGACAAGGAGAAGGACAAUCUCCUAGAGUCCAUGAACCUGAGGGAUGAGGGAAAUAACAUAGAUAUUGACAUUAAGCCAAUCUUGAUCGACCUCAAGCAAUCAAAGGACAUCAAUACCGCUUAUAACAGGAUAGAUCUAGAAAAAUAGAGAGGAUGACAUCGAGCAAGCUAAUAUUACCCAAAAACUUCUGCCUAUCUCAGAGGAAAAUUUUGUUAAAGAGUUGAAAGAAAAUAAGAGCUUAUUACAUUCACUUUUCAGAGAGAUAAAGAAGCUUGACUUGGACUCUAACGGAUAUCUGACUAAUGAUGAACUCAACCUGGUGUUCUCACAAGUAUUCCCCCACCUUAACGGUAGAAGCAUGCAUAAAAUUUUUAAGCCAUAUAAAUCAAUUCAGAACAAAUCUUUGAUUAAUUACAAAAAGUUGAUUAGUUUCUUACAAGCCAGGAUGAACCAGGUCGAAGAUAUCGAAACUAAAGAAUCCCUUAAGCAUGAUACAGAGAAGCUUGGGCCCAAAGAAUUGAAUGAGCCUCAUCAGCUUGAACUUGAUGACCAAGACCUUGAAAAUAAAUCUAACAGAUGCUUUUCACCGAAUACUAAGAGAAUGGAGAAUAUGAAAUCAAAUUUUAUCAAAGCAAUAGCUUCAGAGAUUGGUGAAGACGAUAUGACCCAUGAAGAUUUUGGAAUUCCCAGGAUUAUUGACAAACCAGGAGAACUGAGAAAUAAGACUAAGCUAGAUGCACUUAUUUCGCCAAGGAAAUCGAGAAAUAAUCAUUUACCUCAACUGACAUCUACUAAUUUUGCAAAGAGCCUCAAGAAAUUACCUGCUGCAACUGCUUUAUCUCCGAGUAGGAAAAGUAUGACUAAGAGUAAUGAUUUCUCAACAUUUUCGACUCCUUUCCAAAGCAAGAUGAAUGAUAUUCUUAAGCACAAACUUAGCUACGAAUGGAAGAAUAUCUACAGAUCUCUCAACACCAUUGAUCUUAACUCAAGCGGACUAGUAACCAGGAAAGAGUUCCAAUCUUGAGUUCACAAACAUGGUGCUUUCCUUACUAGGAAUGAGUAUGAUAGGAUCCAGAAGAGAUUUUCACAGAAUGGAGAUAUCAAUUAUUACAGACUAUCAGUAGAGCUCGGAUUGCAUAAACCUUCAUAUAAUUAUAUGAAACCUCAUUCUAAGAGUAUUAAGAGUGUGUCUAAGCUUAAAUCAGUGAGGUCAGGCCCCAAUGACACUAACUCACAGCUCGGAGAGAUCAUAAAAGCUGUUAAAUCUGAAAGAAUGGGAAAAAGAGAGUCUACAAAUGAUGCUAUAAAAUACUCUCUCUCCCAAAAUAAGCAUUAUAUCCUUAAAAUGUGUGGAACGAUUGACAAGAAUAGAGGAAAGAUUAGCAAGAGAGACUUUUUAAGAAUCCUCAGGACUUUCGGCAUAUUCCCUAGCCAGCAGUCAAUGAAUGCCAUUCUUGAUCCAACUAGCGGAGAAGACCAAGUAUUCUACAAAGAUUUCAUAACGACGUAUGAGUAAUUCACAUUCAAUUAUUUGGUACCA